AUGCCGGCACUUCUCUCAGAGGGCCGGGACGAAGUGUCCACAACCGACUACAAGACUACAGAUGACCAAGUACUUUCGGCGCCUGAUCCCUAUUCCAUCUCGGACCUUGAGGCUGGACCUAAUAAUGCCGAGGGUGCUGGGGAGCAGACGGUAGUCCAAGCAAGUGGCGCAGAUAGAAUGUCAGCCUCGAAACAACCUGAUUUAGAUGCGCCGAACCCGGAUGAUAGUGCUCUUGGGGAGCAGCUUCAAAGAUCAGCCGAGGAGAGUCUCAGUGAUGCUGGAGCAGGGACGGAAUCCGGAACUCAGGCAGAUCCCGGGGGAGUUGUCACCAUGGAUGAUGCAGACGCGGAGGCUGAACCGGAUGAAGACGAAGACGAAGACAAAGACGCAGAAGGUGAAACCGAUGAUGCUGCCGAGGAAGCUGCCGAGGACGCUGCCGAGGACGAAGAAGAAGAAGAGGGGGACGAAAGCGGCGAGCAAGUGCAGAGCACCGAAGAAUCGGAAGGUGGUGAUGAGGACAGCACAUCAUCGGAAUCAGAGUCAAGUGAAGCAGACAGCAAAGGCGACGAAUUGAGGCAGGAAUGUUUGUUCUGCAAGAGGAGGAAAGAACCCAGUGAUGGCGGUGAUUCGGAUUUGACGUGCACCUCAUGUGGCAGCUUGGCUCAUCUUCAAUGUGCUAAAGAUAAGGGUACAGUGAAGGACGAACCAGUCGCAUGGCAAUGCCCGGACUGUCUCAAAAAACGCGGUCAAUCAGAAUCACCCAAAGAGCAGAAUGCGCGCUCCAAGAAUUCCGCUCCCCGACUUGUUAGAGACUUAUUGCCUGUCACACGUGGAGUUCAGAAGCCCAACUCUCACUCAAUAUUUGCGCAGCCUCUCAUAUCAGAAGGUGAAGACGGCGGAAGGGCUCUCAGGAAAAGAAAAUCACCAACGCAAGAACCUCCACCAAUGUCUGAGAAGCGGCGUCGGAAAGCCACCCCUCGAGCGUUGGCGAACACAUCCGACGCCAACACGACGGACAGUAAAGCCGAGGUUGAUAGAGGAGUUGCACACUCGACAAGAAGAGCAAAUCAGAAGUCAACAUUACCUGUCGCAAGGAUAUUGCAGCACCGCCCAUUCGCAAAACCUCCACCUUACAAAUUCAUACUCGCAUUUCGCCUUGAGCAAUCAAAGAUUGAAUCAAUCCUGAACAAACCUCCUCGGCCUGGAAGGAGGAGGGCGCCGCGAACAACGGAAAAGAAGAGAGCACCGAAGAUUCCGCCACCGAUUUUCCAACCCCAUGUCCCCAAAUUCCCUGCGUUACCGACUCACCACCUCAUUUUCCCCUCCGCAUUCACGGACCGAGAGGCAGAACUCAAUGCGAAACCAUAUGGCGGUAUCCUUUCAGAAGGAGAAGCAGACACGUCACGAUCAUUGCCACAAUUGAAAGAUCGAGAAAUCUUCGAGAUUGCGCGAAAAGAAGCGGAAGAAGAACGACGUAAGACUUCUGCUGCAGCCGAGGCGGAGAUCAACGGGGACAGUGCAACCGCUAAACCGAAGACCACCAUAUCCGGCCCGCCAAGUAAGAUCAAAUGCAUCCAGUUUGGGAAGUUUGUCAUAGACACGUUCUAUGCUGCUCCUUACCCGGAAGAAUACUCCCAUGAGUCGAGGUUAUUCAUUUGUGAAUACUGUCUGAAAUAUCUCCCUUCGGAAUUCGUUGCAUACCGACACAAACUCAAAUGCCCAGCCAAACACCCUCCAGGCGAUGAGAUCUAUCGAGAUGGAACCAUCUCGGUAUGGGAAGUCGACGGACGCAAGAAAACGGAAUACUGCCAGUGUCUGUGUCUGAUGGCAAAGAUGUUUCUUGGAUCUAAAACGCUUUACUAUGAUGUGGAGCCCUUUCUCUUCUACAUUCUGACGGAAUACGAUGAAUUUGGAUACCAUUUCGUCGGGUAUUUCAGCAAAGAGAAAAGGCCAGCCAGUCAAAACAAUGUCAGUUGCAUUCUAGUCAUGCCGAUUCACCAGAGGAAGGGCUAUGCCACGUUUCUGAUCGACUUCUCUUAUCUCUUGACGAGAAUCGAAGGAAAAGACGGUUCACCGGAGAAACCACUGUCAGACAUGGGUCUAACGGCUUAUCGAUCAUAUUGGGAUCUCACAAUAUCACAACACCUUUUAGACUUGGGCACGAAACCGUUCUCUACGAAGACGCUGAUGUUACGGACGGGAAUGACGGCGGACGACAUCAUUCAUUCACUAGAGCGGCUUUACGCAUUCAUUCGAGACCCAGUAACGAAAACGUAUGCGGUACGUUACGACAAGAAAUUAUACGAACGGAUUGUGGCCGAGUUUGAAAGCAAGAACCACCGUAUAUUGAGACCUGAAAAGCUGGUUUGGACGCCAUACAUCAUGGGUAGAAGUGACCAGGCAACACUGGAUGGACAGCCAAUACAUGCAAUUGCACCACGGGACGACGAAAGUGACAAGAUGGAUGUAGAUGACGAAGCUGCAUUAUCAAAGGAUGCGAUCAUGAAAGAGGAACCUGAAGAUACGGGAGACUCUAACCAUGUUUCGCCUCGCUCCAAGUCCAAGUCCGCCAAAGCCUUCUCUCGUCAAGGAUCUGUUAAUGGGGAACACGGCGAUAUUAAAGUUGAUCCUGCUCUCGUCAAUGAAAACGGGAUCGUCGCGCCUGGACCACCUUCCACCGAAGCGAUGGUGAGCGGGAAUUCAAUCGAGGUAUCCCCACCGGAUAUCAAGCUGAACGGCGUGGCAAAUAUUGACAGCAACAAUAAGGAAAUCACCACGGCUGAUGGCGAACAAAGCGAAGGAAAACAAGCAGAAGAAGUCCUUACCGGCUACGCAUUGACCUACCGGACAUUGGAGAUUCCCCCAGCACGCUUCCAAAUCGAGCCACCUAUCCCACCAGCCAUGCUCCGCCAACGUAGCACCAAGAAGCGGACUCAAGCAACGGCAUUUGGCACUCCAAAAGCCAAUGGCAGCGACGGCUCACCCUCAAUACCGGUAGCAGUGCGCAGUUCACCGCGUAACGCAUCGAGCGUCAACGGUAGCGUCAGCGGCAGUGCGAUUCUUACCAACGGGAAUGGCAGCCGGGUCGCAAGUCCCGACAAACCGCCGGACACGCCGGUGAGGAGGAGUGGACGUGGAAGAGGCAAGAGUCGCCUUGCGACGGUUAGCGUUGCAAGGUCGGACGCUGCAGAUGACGAGGACGAGGACGACGAUGCAGAAGCGGAAAGCGAUAGUGCUGAUGCAGAGAUCGAUGUGGACGCCGAGACAGGUACGGACAAAAGAGAGGAAGAGGAAGAAGAAGAAGAAGAAGAAGAAGAGGAAGGUGGCGACAGCAGCAGCAGCUCAAGCGACGAAGAGGACGAAGAAGAAGCAUCCACGGCCGCGGUAUCGAGCUCGAACUCCGAGGACGAAGACUCCGAGGAAGAACCGGACAUCGACGACCCGAACGACGAAGACGUGGAAAUCAACGAGGACAGUUCUGAAGAAGAUGAGGACCUCGAGGACGCCGAUGCCGAUGCCGAUGCCGAUGCCGACCCGGACGUAGGCGCCGAUCUCGCCUCGACUUCGGGCUCAAUGUCACGUUCACUUCCAGCCUCAGCCUCAGCCUCUCCUUCAGGCGCGGCGCCGACUGAAGACGAGGGAGAUGAAGACGAGGAUGCCGAGGCGGAGGACGAUGAUUGA